AGAGAGAGUCUCAGAUUAAGGGUGUGGCUGAGAUUGAGAAACCAUAUUGCAUUAUCACCAGCUAGAAGAAUCAUAUACAGAGAUUCAAAUGGAUAUUCGAUUCCGAUUCGGAAGCUUUUUAACAUCUCGCAAUUUAUGGUCUACUUCAUCAAGGAUUCAAAAGCCUCUCAUCAAACCCUGUUGUUCUUCAAGGAGGGACUCCCAACAAAACGACGACGACGACGACAACAACAACAACAGAGGUGAUAAGUUCUCAACAGAUUGGGACAAGGCCUGGUCAAGCUACAGGAAGCAAGGGAAAAAAACUAUAUUUUCAGACUUUUCCCCAAACAAGUAUGUCACCUGGAAUCCUACGCGUUCCAACUACCCAUUGUCUGAGGAGGUUGAUCCCAUCAAAAGAACAGAGAGGUCAAACCUCAUGUUAUGGACCAGCCCUAGUUUCACUCUGGCAGGGGCCAUCAUAAUAGUCACAUUUCUUUUGCUCUACACCAUUCUUGCCCCAAUUAAGUGAAUUCAUUUAAUUCCAUCGUAGGACCCGUGGGCCUAUGCUGUAAAGAUUUGAUAUUUUUUCUAAGGAAACAGUAAAAGAGGGCUUUUGUAAGUUGUGUUGUAGCCACUACAUCUGUAAGUAAAAUACACUUAAUCUACUAGUCUUCCUUCAACCAAUUGUAUUCUUCUUGAAGUUAUACUGUUUCCUUUUAUGGCAUGUCAAUAUCGUGAGAUUGCUUGAGAAA